AUGGGUGCCAUGGAAAAUGUCAUAGAAAACAGAGAAGAUCGUUUACCAGCAGAAGCUAGGGAGAUUCUUCAAUCAUUGGCUUCCCAGUGGGAAGAUGUGGUUGAUUCAAAGGCACUCCAGGUGAUCCCUCUCAAGGGUGCAAUGACUAAUGAGGUUUUCGAAAUAAAGUGGCCAGCAAAGACAGGGGAGCUCUCACGCAAAGUUGUGGUUAGGAUUUAUGGUGAGGGUGUCGAUGUGUUCUUUGACAGGGAUAAUGAGAUCCGAACAUUUGAGUACAUGUCAAAGAAUGGUCAGGGACCUCGCUUGCUUGGGCGAUUUCCAAAUGGCCGAAUUGAAGAGUUCAUCCAUGCGCGGACACUCUCAGCAUGUGAUCUACGUGAUCCAGAUAUAUCUGCUCUUAUAGCUGCUAAAUUAAAGGAGUUCCAUGAACUUAAUAUGCCUGGCCCAAAGGAUGUCACCCUGUGGGAUAGAUUGCGAAAUUGGCUCAGUACGGCUAAGAGAUUGUCUACCCCAGAAGAAGCUAAUGCCUUUCAGUUAGAUUCCAUUGAAAAGGAAAUCUCUUUAUUGGAGAAGGAACUCUCAGGACCUUCUCAAAGUAUGGGUUUUUGCCACAAUGAUUUACAGUACGGUAACAUCAUGCUCGAGGAAGGGAGUAAAUCAAUAACCAUAAUUGACUAUGAGUAUGCAAGUUAUAAUGCUGUUGCAUUUGACAUAUCAAAUCAUUUCUGUGAGAUGGCGGCUGACUAUCACACCGAUACACCUCAUAUUUUGGACUACAGCAAAUAUCCUGGUUUGGAGGAGCGCCAGCGGUUUGCUCGUUUGUACCUGAAUUCUUCAGGCAAUCAACCUACUGAGAAUGAAGUGGAGCAGCUGGUUCAAGACGUUGAGAACUAUACUCUUGCAAGCCAUCUGUUUUGGGGGCUUAUGGGGAAUAAUAUCGGUACUCAUAAUUUCAAUGAACAUGUGAAUGAUAUUGACUUUGACUACAUGGAAUAUGCAAGGCAAAGGUUUCAACAGUACUGGAAAACCAAGCCUAAGCUGUUGGGUUCUGUUGGAUCAUCACCAGAUGUUGCAACUGAUGUGGGAGUUUUGUGCCAUGACUUGGUCUUAAUUGUUGAUCUAACUGAAGAUGGCCUAGGCUUGACAUUGUGA